UUUCCGAAGUAAUUACUGACGGAUUUGACCGGAGAAUAGACUUUAACUACUACCUUUAUAUAUAUAUCACCCUCAAGGAUCUCCCUUACCAUUUCGUUCAUCUCAUCCUCCAUUGUUGCUUCAAAGACCGAAAAGCCCCUUUUCCUCCUUGCCUCUGCAGAAAACCCAGGAAGAAACAGAGAGAAGCAUCCUCUGCAAUUCUUGGGACGUGGGUUUCUGUUCUUCGACGUUCUUGGUGACCCAUCAAAGUUUUGGAUCUUCUUGACUUGUCUGGUCUGUGAAGAGAGAACAAAAAAUGCCGAGUGAUUAUGCAGGAGCUUCUAUGCAAACACCGUUCAGGGAGCUGUUAUCGCUGGUUAAAGAUGUAGUGAAAACUGUUCCUGCACUUCAUGGCCAGCUCCAAAAGAUCGAAUCCACCUUGAGCACCAUAGAUCCAAUCAUCAAUGACUUUGACGAGUAUAGCAAACAGCUGGACCGUCAGAAAGAGAGGGGUCUGAUCAUGGACCUAUUGGAUGAAGGCAAAGGAUUAAUCAACGAAUGCUUGAGAAUACACCCGCUCAACCUGUGCAAGAAGCAUACGCAAUCGAAGAAGCUGACUGAGUUCAACGCAGCAGUGCAAAGGGAGUUCCAAAUUUACAUGCCGCUGCUGAACCAAAGGAUCAACGGGGAGAUAUUGUGGGAGAUAAAGGAGUUGAGGGAAGAAUUCAAAGAGUUGAUCCAUUCAGGUCAACUGAACGGCGGGGCCCUCAAGAGCGGGCUCGAGGCUUCGGGCAGCCUUGCCGCCCCUGAGGCGCCCGAUUUCAUUGUUGGGUCAGAGGUGAAGGCGUCCUUGAGCAAGCUUAAGGAGCGGUUGCUUGAGGAGGGUGUGUCUGUGAUUGUUGUGACCGCCAUAGGCGGUUGUGGGAAGACCACUCUGCUUAAAAAAUUGUGUCAUGAUGUGGACAUUGAAGGCAAAUUCAACAACAACAUGAUGUUCGUCCCUGUCUCGGAGAAGCCCAACCUGACAGACAUCGUCCAGAAAAUGAUUCAGCAUAAGGGUUUCGCGGUACCUGUGAUUGAAACAGAAGAUGAUGCAGUUCGUAACUUGCAGCAACUGCUCAACAAAAUAGGACAAAGUCCUGUGUUGCUAGUGCUGGAUGAUGUCUGGACUGAAUCGCAAUCCAUCCUUGACAAACUUGUCUUCAAGAAGAUCAAAGAUUACAAGAUUGUGGUGACCUCAAGAUAUGAGUUUCCUGCUUAUCGUCCUGUGCAUCACCUGAACCCACUGACUCAUGGCGAAGCCCUGGAACUUUUUCGUCAAUCUGUUACUGUUGAUGAUAGUACCAUGGAUGCACUAGAUGAUGAGCUCUUGGAUCAGAUAGUGAAACGCUGUAAGGGAUUGCCAUUGGCUCUUACAGUCGUUGCCAAGUCUCUCAAAGGAAAGGAUCGUUCAUUCUGGCACAGUAAGCUUCUUGAAUGGUCUGAAGGUCAUUUUCUUUUGGAUUCGGAGAUUGACAUCCUAGAUGGUCUCAAAAGGAGGUUCAACGACUUGGAUGGUGACCCUUCCAUCAAGGAACGUUUCAUGGACCUCGGCUCGUUUCCGGAGGAUUGCAAGAUUCCUGCCACCGCCCUUAUUGAUAUGUGGGUGGAAUUGUACAAGCUAGAUUUUGAUGGCGUACACGCCAUUACUGACCUCCAUGAACUUGCUUGUAGGAACCUAGCUGAUCUUCUUGUCACCAGGCGAGAUUCAAGUGACGACGACGACAAAUCAUACAGUAGUCACUAUGCUAUGCAGCACAAUCUUCUCAGAGAGCUGGCUAUCAUGGAGUGCAACCAGGGGGAAGUAGAGAAGAGAGAGAGACUCAUUCUGGACUUGACCGGAAAUAAUUUUCCAGACUGGUGGAGCGAGCAAAAGCCACAGCCUCUCAGUGCUUGUCUAGUGUCCAUCUCCACAGAUGGAACAUUCUCAACACCCUGGCCAAACCUUGAAUUGCCUGAAGCAGAGGCUCUUGUCUUGAACUUCAAGACGAACAAGCAAAUCAAAACUUGUGUUCUGCCUGAAUUUGUUGCGAAAACAGAUAAGCUCAAGGCCCUGAUAGUAACAAACUACAGUCCUUUUCCGGUUGAGUUGGACAAUUUCCAGGUCAUCGGGUCCAAUUUAAGGAGGAUCAGGCUUGAACGCAUCACAGUUCCUUUACUAAGCAUGGGGAACCUAUGCUUGCAGAGUCUGCAAAAGAUAUCCUUUUACAUGUGUGACAUUAGCCAGGCUUCACCGUUGAACGACACCAAAAUCUCUGAUGCAAUGCCAAACUUAUUGGAGCUCAACAUUGACUAUUGCGAGGAUCUUAUGACAUUACCAGAUGGCAUCUGUCAGAUAAAGCCUUUGAGGAAGCUUAGCAUCACAAACUGCAAUAAUUUCUCCACUCUCCCUGAACAAAUUGGGCAAUUGGCAUCCCUCGAAGUGGUCAGGCUUAAUUCAUGUAGAAACUUGUUGCAGUUACCGGACUCAAUUGGAAGCCUUCGAAACUUGAUUUUUCUCAAUAUAUUUGAUUGUCUGAACCUGAGCACCUUGCCUAAUCAAAUUGGUCAAAUGGUCAAUCUCAAGAAGAUAAACAUGAGAGGAUGUCUAAAGUUGUCUGUGUUGCCACGGUCGAUUGUGAAGCUGAGGAACUUAAGGAAGGUGGUUUGUGAGAAAGAAAUAGCUAUCAUGUGGGGGCCUCUCAAGAACAGUCUCAAUAGCUUGGAGAUAAAAGUGCCUGAAGAAGAGGCCAACUUCGAUUGGCCCCGUGAUUAAGGGACAUUUCUUGGAGAUCUGGAGAGACUGAGUUUCACAACCUAAAUUAGGUACGACCCAAGGAAACGGAUGUGAACAUGUACAAGACGUUGCUUCUGUUUCUUUCAUUCCCAUUUCUCCUCUUUUGCUCAUCGUGUCGGGAUUUACUAUUACUUUUAAUAUUUUGUAUAAUUCAUAAGUAUAUAGGAAGUGGUUUUACUUUUGACUUUUCUUUAAA